AUGGCAACUCCAACGACUCACUUAGCUCCUACAAGCGCAACAAGCACCGCUGAGCCGACUUGUACAACUGCUGUUCCCGGCAAAUAUGGCGAAGUGCCCAUCAUCGCCUGCAACUCCAAUUACAAUGCAAUCCCGGCGUUCAUCCCGGCCGUGGUAGUGACCAUCCUCUUCGGUGUGCUCACUUUGAUUCACAUCAUCGAGGCGUUUAUUUUCAAAAAGGGCUAUGCCUGGGUCCUGAUCAUGGCUGCUGCUUGGGAGACAAUAGCCUUCGCCUUCCAUACCGUCGGAGCACACAACCAACAAAACGUUACCUUUGCCACAAUUUGGCAAAUCCUCUUCCUGCUAUCUCCCCUUUGGGUCAAUGCCUUUGUCUACAUGACCUUUGCCCGCAUGGUUCAUGUAUACAUUCCUGACAGAAAAGUCUGGAUUGUCAAGGCCUCCCAGGUAUCAAAGCUCUUUGUCUUGGCAGAUAUCCUCUCUUUCAUUGUGCAAGCCUCUGGUGGCGUCCUCGUCUCCCCUGGCGUAUCUGCCUCGACGCAGGAAAUAGGAAUGCACAUCUACGAGGGUGGUAUCGGACUGCAAGAGGUUUUUAUCCUCUGCUUUAUAGGUCUCAUGAUUGCUUUCCACCGCCGCAUCAAUAAACUCAACAAGGAGCGGCCUCUGCAGCCGGAGGAAGUCAACCUGAACUCGGCCAAUGGAGAAGACCGUCGCGAAAUCGAGAGGCCAAGGGGUGCCCUGGCGCUGCUCUAUGCUCUUUACGCUGUACUGGCGUUUAUUACUAUGCGCAUUAUUUUCCGACUCGUCGAGUUCCUCGGCGGCCGCGAUCCCGACACCAACCCCAUCCCUUAUCACGAAUACUACUUUUACUCCCUCGACGCCUUCCCGAUGUUGGCGGCCCUGCUCAUCCUGGCCAUAGUCCAUCCCGGAUGGUUCAUCACAGGACCCAAUAGCAGCCUUCGAGAUGCCAAGAAAGAGGAGAAGAAGGUAUUUGCCAGCGUUCCGGAGGCUAUUCCAUUUGUCAUUGAUUUUGGUGUUCUUUGCUGUUUUGUUGCAAAUUAA